AUGGACUCCAAGGACACGCAAAAGUUGCUUAAGGAGCACCGAAUCCCCUGCAUUGACGUUGGAUGGUUGGUUAGACCUAGCGCCUCCACCGCCAGCAGCUCCAGACCUGGGAAAUCCGAGUCCAAGGCCAACAGUGUGGCUCCCGACGUCCAGAUGGACACUGCUCGCUCGCCCGUUUUCGAAAAGUCUGUAGACUCCUCUAGCAGCAUUCUUUCCUUAAACGAUAGGGCACGCCGCCACUCCGUGGCUGCCAGUUUGCUAAUGGAUAACCAACGUGUUAACGUUGGUGCUACUGCUGCUUCCACGAAUAUUCCUCCCCCUAGGGGUAGGUCGAAGUCAGUGGUGGAGGCUAACCUAGCUAGCGUUGAGGCUGACGCCGGACGUCAUCAUCACCAUCACCAUCAUCAUACGGAAGAUGCUCCUGUCCCUAAGAAGAUCGGAUUCUUCAAGAGUCUGUUUGGUCAUAGGAAGAAGGAUCAGGAGCCGCAAGAGAAGGAAAGAGAAAAGGAAAGGGAAAGGAAAGAGCGCUCACCCUCCCCGACUCACGUAGACCGUAACGCGGCCAUAAGAAGAGAAAGAACAGCUACCAUAUCUGCUGAGUCACCGCCGCCUUUACAGUACAAUGCUCCACCCUCUUAUAACGAUACUGUAGUACCGCUAACAAGGUCCAAGACAGAGUCGGAAGUGUAUUACGAAAAUCAUCCGCAAAGCUACUACCAUGGCCGUAUGCAUGCAUACCACUCGCCAGAAGAAGGUAAAGUUGACGGACCUUCCCCCGCAGACGAUCAUAACUAUAAUGGCUCUCGGCCUGAUCCUAGGCUAAUGGAUUUCUUGCGCUAUUACAAAUCUAAGGAUUGCAAAUUAGCCGCCUUUAAAGAGGGGAACUUUAUUAAGUCUUCUGCAUCUCCUCCAAUCAAGAGAAAUACACGCGCCUCGUUCUCAUUGCAUAACGACAAACCACUACCUCCCAAACCACCUGCUCACCAGAAAUUUGACGCCAAGGGAAGGCCCAUUCCGCCCCAUCCCGACACACCGAAACUGCCCUCCGCUUUCAAGAAGAAGCAUCCAAGCAAUGCAUCAAUAGUAGACACAGUGGACUCCAAUUCCGACGUCUCUUCAUCGGUGCAGAAUAAUAAUCAGACACCCUCUUCACAUAAAUUUGGCGCUUUCUUGAGGAAAGUUACCUCUUACGGCAACAACGGCAACGGCAACAACAACAACAACAAUUCUUCCUCCCUUUCUGCCAACAACAAUAACCCAGAUGCCUCAUCGACGUCCUUGUGGUCUUCUGGCUCAAUGGAGUUCGACCCUUCUAAGAUAACCACCGUUCCCGGCCUCGAGCAUGUACGGCCCUUGAAGCACGUCUCCUUCGCUACAAACACCUAUUUCAACGAUCCUCCGCAACAAAUAUGUAGUAAAAACCCUCGUAAGGGUGAAGUGGAAGUGAAGCCCAAUGGAUCUGUUGUUAUACAUAGGUUGACCCCACAAGAACGGAAAAAAAUUAUGGAAUCGACUAGUUUGGGUGUUGUUGUUGGGGGUACCGGACAAUUAAAACUAUUAAAUCCCGAAGAAGACGAUGCCAACGCCAAGAGUAAAGAAGAAAUGGCUCCUCAGAAGCAGAACGAAGUCGAGCCGCGCGACGACGAAGACAACAAUUCUCAAAGACGAAACAUCGUUAUGGCCGCUGCAGAAGCAGCCGCAGAGGCCAGAGCCAAGGAGGCGCCCAACGAAUUGAAACGUAUUGUCACAAACAAUGAAGAAGAAGUCACUGUCAGUAAGACCGCUAGUCAUUUGACCAUCGAUAAACCGAUGAUAUCAAGAAGAGGUGCUUCCACAUCCUCUUUAGCCUCCAUGGUAUCCAGUGAUACCAAUGGUACGAACGCAGAUGACGAAGGGGAAAUCAUUCCUCCGCCUUCUUUAAAGAUACCUCACGACAUUGUGUAUACCCGUUGUUGUCAUUUACGAGAAAUUCUACCCAUACCAGCCACUUUGAAGCAAUUGAAAAAAGGCUCUACGGACCCUAUCCCCAUCUUACAGCUACGUAACCCAAGGCCGUCCAUGGUGGAAAUUUGGUCAUUCAGUGAUUUCUUGAGUAUUGCUCCCGUAUUAUGCCUUUCGUUGGAUGGUGUACAAUUAACUGUCCAAAUGCUUAGAAUAAUUUUGAGUUCGUUGGUUUAUAAACAGCAUUUCCAAAAACUUUCCCUAAGAAACACUCCCUUGGAUGAAGAAGGAUGGAAAGUGCUGUGCUAUUUUGUUUCCAAGGCCAAGUCUUUGCACUCCAUCGAUUUGACAAUGGUCUCCUCCAUCAAGACAAAUGUACAAAAGCCUUCUAAAUCUUCCUUGAAGUCAAAAAUCCUAAGAAUGCAAUCUAACAUGGAAAAUAGAUCAGACAUGAACUGGGAUCUCUUGACGGCUUCUAUCGCCCUCAUGGGUGGUUUGGAGGAAAUCGUCAUUUCUGGGGCCCAGAUGAAUGCUGCACAGUUCAAAAACUUUAUCCUCGUUGCGUGCAUAGCGACCGUGAGAUUGGGUCUGGCUUAUAAUGGGUUGACCAAGAGCCAAUGUGAUGAUUUGGCCAAAUGGAUGGUCCAAUCGAAAGUGACCGGUCUAGACGUUGGUUUUAAUGAUCUGAAUGGCAAACUCUCUUCUUUCACCGAUGCUGUUUUAGGCAAAAUCCAAAAGGCUAAUGAGAAAAACGUUUUCAAGUUUCUAUCUCUAAAUGGGACAAACUUGAGAGUGAAUGAGCACGACACUUUUGAGAAUAACGAGGUCUUAAAAUUAAUAAGUGUUUUAUGUUAUUCAGAGAAUUUAAAAUUCUUGGAUAUCUCAAAUAAUCCUGCGAUCUUUCCUCACUGUGUUCCAACUUUGAUCGAUUUUUUACCUGUUUUUGUUAAUCUUGUCCGUUUGCAUAUCGACUACAAUAAUUUAAGCUCCACAAGUGUAGUGAUGCUGGCCGAGGUAUUACCUAUGUGUUCAAGAUUAAAUUACUUUUCCAUGUUAGGAACGGAAUUGGAUUUGGCAUCAUCUAAAGCUCUAGCAGAGGCGGUGAGGAAGAGUUCAUCACUAAUGACUUUGGAUGUAGAUUACGUUUAUAUGCCGGAGAAUAUUAAGGAAAAAAUUUCAUUAUAUGCCUUGAGGAAUAUUCAAGGCGAGUUGAAAAGAGUUCAUAAUGACGAUAAAGAUAUUAAAGACACCCAAUUUUCAAGUUUACAGGACCAACUAUCACUUUUAUUAACUGAGAAGGCAGAUAACUCCGAACAUUACAACAAAAUGGUCGAGAAUUUCAUGGCCAAAAUCGCAUUGGCACGUAUCAAGAUUAGCAAAGUGGUUCACGAUCUUUUCGAUUUGAAACUUAAUGGACAAUUAAACUUAGAAGGUAAGGAAGCAUUGAUCAGAUUAUGCUUCAUAGAGGCAAGUCUGGAAAGAGGCUGCGACCUACUGAAACAAAGACAUAAUAACACAUUAAAAACACCUGAUCUGCUCUCAAAAGACGCAAAAGCAGGAAGUCAAGCACACCCCAAUUCAGAAAGCUGCCAAAGAAUGCUAUUAAGUUCAUCUAUCUUGCAAAAUUCAGAUCACAUUGCUCUGAUGCCAUUCGGUAGUGCAAUAGUCGAAAAAUCAAGCCCAGAUGCAGAAGAUGCCGUCGAAUUUAGAGAAGGUGACGACUCGAACGCAGAUCAUGAAGACGUGACAGCAAAUGAUCAACAAUCCCGAGAUCAAAUUGAUAUCAAAAAUAAAUACUCUAUCAUCAAAAGAGAACUAGAACACGAAAAGCUUGUUGGUGGUGGCGAUUUACCGGUGGACAAAGAAAUAUUAAAUCGCGCUGCACAAUCCUUAGAUAGUGAUCAAAUAAAGGAAUUUUUGUUGAAGAAUGAUGUUUCCACUAUUCUAGGCGUCAUUGAUGAGCUGCAUAGCCAGGGGUAUCACUUGCAUCAUAUUUUCAAAAAACAAGGUAACCAAGAAGAGACCGCCUUCCGAACAAAGGAUGAACAACAGUCCUUGCAAACCAAUGAUUCAAGUACUAAUGCGUCCCCUACCAGUCAUCAAAUAUCCACAAGCUCCAAUACUACCAAGACGAACGAUAAUGCUCAUAUUCCUCCAACUGAUGCGCCUGGGUUUAAUAAAUUUAUGAACAAUGCAGAGGAAAAUGCCAUUGACGCUGCUUAUGAUGAUGUGCUAGACAAAAUCCAGGAUGCACGAAACAUGAACUUCAAUACACCUCAACAGAACAAAACGCCCUUCUCGUUCGGGGCUGCCAAUAAUAGCUUUAACACCACAAAUCAGAACACCUCUACUGGUGCAGGCGCCUUCGGAACAGGUCAACCAACAUUCGGUUUUAACAAUCAAGCGGCAAAUAACACGAACAACGCAAACUCUUCAACCACACCCGCAUUUGGUAACAAUAAUACUGGUAAUACUGCAUUUGGUAACAGCAACCCUACAAGCAACGUAUUUGGCAGCAACAAUUCUACGACUAAUUCGUUUGGUAGCAAUAGCGCCGGAACAUCCCUUUUUGGAUCUUCUGGUGCUCAACAAACAGAAGGCAAUGGGAACGUCGGAGGAAAUACAUUUGGUUCGUCAUCCUUAUUCAAUAACGGCACUAAUAAUAAUGCUACAAAACCCGCCUUUGGCGGUUUGAACUUUGGCGGCGACAGUAAUACAACUCCCAGCUCGACCAGUAAUGCUACCACGAGUAAUAACUUAUUUGGCGCCACUGCAAAUGCGAACAAACCAGCCUUUUCCCUUGGCGCAACCACUAAUGACGAUAAAAAAACAGAACCGUCCAAGCCUGCUUUCUCCUUUAAUUCAGGUUUCGGUAAUAAGACAGAAGGUCAAGCUCCCACUACUGGGUUUUCCUUUAGUUCACAACUAGGCGGGAACAAAACCGGCAGCGAAGCUGCAAAGCCUUCUCCUUCUUUUGGUUCAGAAUCUGCCGCCAGUAAACCAGCUGGGGCUUCGCAACCAAAAUUCUCCUUGGGCGCUACACCUGCAGAAUCUAAAGUUAACGAAACAGCGAAACCAGCGUUUUCCUUUGGCACUACAACAGCAGAAGAUAAGACAACUAAUACAGCUCCAAGUUUUUCAUUCGGUGCUAAGCCAGAAGAAAAGAAGGAUGGCGAUUCCUCUAAGCCUGCCUUCUCAUUCGGUGCUAAGCCAGAUGAAAAGAAGGAUAAUGAUUCUUCCAAACCGGCCUUCUCAUUUGGCGCUAAAUCAAAUGAAGACGAGCAAGAUGGUACUGCUAAACCAGCAUUUUCAUUUGGCACUAAGCCUGUGGAUAAGAAGGACAAUGAAACCGCUAAGCCGGCAUUCUCUUUUGGAGCAAAGUCUGAUGAGAAAAAAGAUAGUGAUUCCUCUAAAGCUGCCUUCUCAUUCGGUGCUAAGCCAGAAGAAAAGAAGAAUGGUGAUUCCUCUAAGCCUGCCUUCUCAUUCGGUGCUAAGCCAGAAGAAAAGAAGGAUGGUGAUUCCUCUAAGCCUGCCUUCUCAUUCGGUGCUAAGCCAGAAGAAAAGAAGGACGGUGAUUCCUCUAAGCCUGUCUUCUCAUUUGGCGCUAAAUCAAAUGAAGACAAGCAAGAUGGUACUGCUAAGCCAGCAUUUUCAUUUGGCACUAAGCCUGUGGAUAAGAAGGACAAUGAAACCGCUAAGCCGGCAUUCUCUUUUGGAGCAAAGUCUGAUGAGAAAAAGGAUGGUGAUGCCUCCAAAGCUGCCCCUUCAUUCGAUGCUAAGCCAGAAGAAAAGAAGAAUGGUGAUUCCUCUAAGCCUGCCUUCUCAUUUGGAUCUAAACCUAUAGAAAAGAAGGAAAGUGAUGGAGCGAAAACCCCCAUUUCCUUUGGUGCUAAACCCGAAGGACAAAAAGGCAGUGAUACAGACAAGCCAGCAUUUGCUUUUGGUACUCAAAAGGAUAAUGACAAGAAAACAGAGGAUUCCUCCGCAGGGAAGUCAACUGCAGAUGUUAAAUCAAGUAAUAGCUUGAAACUAAAUUCGAAAUCAGUGGAAUUGAAGCCAGUUUCUCUUGACAACAAAACACUCGAUGAUUUAGUAACGAAAUGGACCAAUCAACUAACAGAAUCCGCCUCCCAUUUUGAACAGUAUACAAAAAAAAUCAAUAGUUGGGAUCAGGUAUUAGUGAAGGGAGGUGAACAAAUUAGUCAAUUAUACUCCGAUGCUGUGAUGGCGGAACAUAGUCAAAACAAAAUAGAUCAAUCUCUACAAUAUAUUGAAAGGCAACAAGACGAAUUAGAAAACUUCUUAGACAAUUUUGAAACCAAGACCGAGGCUCUUCUGUCCGAUGUCGUAUCUACAAGUUCGGGCGCUGCGGCAAACAAUAAUGAUCAAAAAAGACAGCAGGCCUAUAAGACAGCCCAAACUUUGGACGAAAAUUUGAACUCAUUAUCAUCAAAUCUUUCUUCUCUAAUAGUAGAAAUCAACAAUGUCAGCAAUACGUUCAACAAAACCACUAAUAUCGAUAUAAACAAUGAAGACGAAAACGUUCAACUAAUCAAGAUUUUAAAUUCACAUUUCGACGCUUUAAGGUCAUUAGAUGAUAACUCCUCGUCUUUGGAAAAAAAAAUCAACUCGAUAAAGAAAUAA